GCCUACUCAAGGUUUACCCAGCCUGCAAUCUUGCAGUUAACCUUUCUGUGGCAGUGUUCUUUUGAACUUAUCCUUAAAAAUGAAUCCAGUUGUUUCGCAGCCAACACAUGGUGCAAGUGGAGUGAGGGCUAGUGACUGGCAAACUGGCCCAUUUGACUGCUGUGCUAACAUAGGGGUUUGCAUCUGUGGGACUUUCUUUCCCCUCUGCCUUUCAUGUCAGAUUGCCUCUGACAUGAAUGAAUGCUGUCUCUGUGGAGCAAGUGUCGCCAUGAGAACCAUGUAUCGAACCCGAUAUGGCAUCCCGGGAUCUAUUUGCGGUGAUUUCCUAUGGUUGUGUUUUUUCCCUUCCUGCGCCCUUUGUCAACUCAAGAGAGAUAUCGAGAAAAGAAAAGAAAUGAAUGCUUUCUAAAAGAGAUGCUUGGUAAAAUUCGCUUGGUGGUAAAAGAAAAUGCUGGAACGAAAAACUGCAUUUAUUAAAUGCUAUCUCACCUCAAAUCUUAGGAACUAAUUAUAAAUUCAACUAAUCAUAUUG